CUUAGCAGACGGGCCUUGUGGCUGUUUUGUUUUGUUUUCACACAGGUCAAAAGUGCUCCACUGCUUGGUGACGUAGAGGGAUGGGCAGGUCACGUGGUUGUGUGAGAGCAGAACCUGCGGUUUAAUGUUACACUGAAAUGGGAGAAAGAAGCAGAAACGGAGGGAAACGCAACAAGGGUUCUUCGCUGUCCUCAUGUCCUAUGGAGGAGAAUAUAACGGACGCACUGAGCGUUUUCGCCAGGCGCCGCACUAUGACCAGGUUCCUCAAGGCUCUUUACCUAGAGUAGACUCCCAAGACCUUCUGCCUAUAAGAGAGCAAAGAGUGGGCCACCUUGCUCAGAGCACUGAUCCCCUUCCCCCUCCGCCACUACCAGACCAACCCCCUGUGGGCCCAGAGUUUGACCCCACCGACAGUGAGGAUAAAUCUGAUCUAGAUCCUGACCCAGCCAUCGACAUUAAACCAGUACACCGCUUUAUCCCGGAUUCCUGGAAGAACUUCUUCAGUGGUAGUGGAAGGAGCAGCAAAAAAGCGUGGUCCAUGCCUUCCUCCUCAUGUAACAACAACAACAGUACAACUGAGGGGGUGCGUUGCUCUCCUCCGCAUUCUCCAUCUGUUCCUGGUUCCUACCAUGAUCCCUAUGGGGGCUCUGGAAGUAGCUACAACUCUCACAAAGAACUGCUGAAAGAUCAGGACUCUCAUGAGUCCAUGUCAGGACACACCCACCCCACAGGGUUAACUUAUAGUGAACGAGUGGAAGAGUAUCAUCAACGCUACGGCUUCAUGAAAUCUUGGGCGGGACUGCUGAGGAUUCUGGGUUGUGUGGAGCUCUUACUGGGGGCAGCAGUAUUUGCCUGUGUCUGUGCUUACAUCCACAAGGACAAUGAGUGGUUCAACAUGUUUGGAUACUCAUAUCCUGGAGGAGGAUACGGAGGAGGUUUAUAUGGUGCAGGAAUAGGUGGAGUCUACUAUACAGGCCCAAAGACGCCAUUUGUGUUGGUGGUGGCAGGGUUAGCCUGGCUGGUAACUGUGAUUGUAUUAGUACUGGGGAUGACCAUGUACUACCGCACCAUCCUGCUGGACUCCUCCUGGUGGCCUCUGACUGAGUUUACCAUAAACCUUGCUCUGGCAGUGCUGUACAUGGCAGCAGGUAUUGUCUAUGUCCGAGACACAAUUCGUGGAGGGCUCUGCUCCUACCCCAUGUUCAACAAUGGAAUCAAUGGGGCAUUUUGUCGAACAGAGGCUGGCCAGACCGCUGCCAUUAUCUUUCUGUUUGUCACUAUGGUUAUCUACCUGAUAGGAGCCAUCGUUUGUCUCAAACUGUGGAGGCACGAAGCCAGACGUAGAUAUCGAGAACGGUAUGACCAGGAGCAGCAUGUACAGAUGCAGCCCUCUGAGCCUCUAGGUGCACAAACACUGAUGAAAACUGUUCCAGAUUCAGCUUCUGCUCCCAAAUUGCCACAGCAGGUCCAGGGAUCUUCAGUGGUGCCCAUCCAGGCCACCCCUAAAACUGGACCCCCAAAGAUUUUGCAGGGAAUGAUACCAUCAGGACACAUCCCAAAACCUGUUGUUGUGCCAGAUUACAUUGCUAAAUACCCACCAAUCAAGUUGGAUGAAGAGAGGGACCAAUACCGAGCUGUGUUUAACGACCAGUAUGCUGAGUACAAAGAACUCCACGCUGAUGUUCAGGUGACCGUCAAGAAGUUUGAUGAGAUGGAUGCCAUGAUGCAAAGUCUCCCCCAGCACCCAAGCAACCAGAUGGAGUAUGAUCGCAUUAAGAGAAUCCUUCAGGAGUACCAGAGGAAGAAAAACGAUCCGUCUUUCUUGGAGAAGAAGGAUCGCUGUGAAUACCUGAAGAACAAACUGUCGCACAUCAAACAGAAGAUUCAGGAAUAUGACAAAGUGAUGGAGUGGAAUGAUGGACCUUUGCAUUCUCUGACCUGAAACACCACCGGAGGAUACAAAUACAGAUCUACCGACCAGACUUUAUAGAUUUCUUUCUGCAGCAGUUUUCUGUGGCCUUCUAGUUGUAUAUUUAAAGUCAUGUGUUGAACCAAAGGUUUAAAUGAUUUACUUGUUUUUUUUUUUGUUUUUUUUUACUAAAAUGGUCUUAAUAUGCAAAAAGCACAAUUUGUGUCUGAUACUGUGAAUGUAAUUAUAUCUGAAGAUUUCACAACACCGCCGUUAUACAAUCUGAAUGUUUUGACGAUGAUUCUUUUUGGCAAAAUGGAGACACUACAUUUCUGUAUAUUAUUUCUAACUUUUUUCCUUUGAGUAUUUAUCUGUUUAGACAUCACGAGUUACCGGUCUGACAUGAACGCCUCUGCCUGUCGGGACAGAUCCCCAACGCAGCAGAAUUCUUGUCUUUCUUUCCUCCUUCUGCAUGCUGUUUUGUAUGUACCUAACAAGUGGCUACAUUUGUUUAUGCGUGUCUCCUCCAACAGCACAAUUUAAUGUUUUGUCAUAAUUGUAUUUUAUAAGUUCUACCAUUUCAUAGAUUAAGCAUUUUGUACUUAUGCUGCAUUCAUCACAUGCCAGAAAGUGGGAAAUUACAAACUCCAAUCCGGUCCAAUUCAGUGUACCGAUUUCUGUGGCAUACUAAGUGAUGAAUUGGUGCUUUCUGUCUUCAGAAUACAGCUCUGCUUCUGCACUGA